AUGUAUAAUAGUGGCGCUAAUCAAUCAUCUGCAACCAAUGUAUAUGGUCUAUCAUUGAAAUCAAGAGCCAUAUCACAAGUAUCUGCAGAGUCUGAUCUAAAUCGAUUCCUUGUCGGAACACAAGCACUCAAAGAAGACAAUGAGAUAUGUUUGAUCGAAGAGAAAGAGAAUGAAGGUGUAAAGUGCGUAGCGAUAUACGCACAUCCAAAGGAGAUAUGGUCCAUCACAUCAUGUACAUUCGAUGCCAAUCAACUAUUCACCGUUUAUAACACUGGCGCCAAGUACUCUGCGUCAUUAUGGAGUAUGGAUACAGAGAACAGUGCACUCGAUGAGGUCUGCGAACUUAAAGGUCACACAGGUUACAUCAAACCAAUACUAUGCGAUCCAUCUGGUUCAUCCGACUACGUAGUCUCACUGGACGACACUGAGAUACGUCUCUGGUCCAACAUAACUACCUCCUCACCAACUGUACUCACAACAUUUGGCCGUCUCAAUAAGCUGACGGCAGGAUGUAUCAACCCAAACAAGGCCAAUCAGUUGGCUACGGCCAAUGAUGUUAAUAUUAAGGGAUGGGACUUCCGCAGUGGCAAGGAGUCGUUCGCCAUCGACAAGGCGCACUCGGACCUGAUCCGCGACAUUGACUUCAACCCCAACAAUCAGUACUACAUGCUGUCGGCUGGCGACGAUUGUAAACUAAAGUUCUGGGAUACGCGCCAGACAAAGGAGCCACUGCGCAUCUUUGCCGGCCACGACCAUUGGAUCUGGAAUGCCAAGUACAACAAGUAUCACGAUCAGCUGGUGAUCACAUCGAGCAGUGAUCACAAGGUCAAGCUCUGGCACGCCUACACCAUCUCCUCGGCCGUUACAUCCGAGGCCAAAGAAGGUGGUGACAACGCAGACCAGCCAGCUCCACAGCCAACAAGUGGAAAGAAGAACAAACGCAAGGAAGACAAGUUGAUCAAGACAUUCGAGGAGCAUGAGGACAGCGUGUAUGGAGUAUGUUGGGGAUCGAGUGGCUUCAAUUUCGCCUCACUCUCUUAUGAUGGUCGCGUCGUCAUCAACAAUGUACCCAAGGAGUAUUGCGACCUCUUGACCAUGGAGUAG